AUGGGAUAUACGUCAACAUUAAAAUUUGUAAAUUUAGGAGUUAAAAGAAGGUUAUUUCGAAGAGCUCAUAAGCAACCACAUCAUAAGUGGGAUAGUAUAAAAAAUCAGUUAAACGAUUUAUUAAAAUAUGGAAGAAUUGAAACCACCUUAACAAAAGCUAAAGAGUUGCAAGGAUAUGCAGAAGAAUUAAUUUAUUUAGCAAAGAAAGAUAAUGUAGAAAAUAAUUUAAAAGUUGAAAGUAUGUUAAGAACAGCACAAGGAAGAAGAAGGUUAUAUGAAUAUUAUGUUCCUUUAUAUAGGUAUAGACCAUUUUUUUUUACUAGGGUUGUAAAUCAAUGGAGAUUGCGAUUAAGAGAUUCUGCACCUAUGGCUUUUAUUGAAUUUAUAGAUAGACCAGGGGAAUUAAGACCCGCUAGACCUUCUGGAUAUGAUAGAAUUAAAUAUAUAUUUGAAGAAAUGAAAAAAAAUAGAAGAAAUUUUAGAAAAUAUUUUCAUAUUGCAAAAAGGUUUAAUCUACUGGAUGAAAAUAAUCAACUAAUUUCAAAUUUACAUGAACACUUAAUUUCUAAAAAUGAUAAUAUGUGGGAUAGUGACGAUGAAGAUCAAAUAAUAGUAGAUCCAGAAUUAAUUGAAAAAUAUAAACAUUUAAGUGAGCCUAUGCUAAAAGGGCCUAAAAAAGGAAGAGAACCAUUUUAUGUUGACUUACCUAUUCCAAGUGUUGCUGAAAGAGAAUUUUUAAAUUACAGAAAAAAAUUCAAACCAUAA